AUGCGUUUUUUUGUGAUUUUUGCUGCCUGUUUGGCUGUCGCUUCCGCUGAUAUCGGAUUGAAGCUUCGCCAAGCCGCAGCGGCUGGUGCUGCGAGCAGUUAUGACGUUGGACAACAGUCCAUAUCGGUGGACUAUGCGCCCGCAGUGUUCGAAGACACCGUCGUUGGUGGUGCCGAUUUAGGCGGAGCACGGUCUGCUGGAUUCAGUGCUGCCGGUGCUUCUGCCGGGGCUUCUGCCGGGGCUUCUGCCGGAGCUUCUGCCGGUGCUGGCAGUGCCGACUACGAUGCCGGUUACCAGGCGGGACUACGUGCCGCGGGUGCCUCUGCGAAUGGUAACGCCGAAGCCGGUGCCGGUGCAGUCGAUGCUCGCUUCGGUGGCGCCGGUGCGUUCUCUGGUGCUUCGGCUAGCAGCAACAGUUUCGCCGGUGGUUUCGCCAGCGGUUCUGCCGGUGGUUUCGCCAGCGGUUCUGCCGCUGGUUCGUCCGCUGGUGCUUCCGCCUCGGCCGCUGCCCAGACCCAGGUCCGCUAUGCUGCACCAGUAAUCUACAAGAACUUCUACUACCACGUGGCACCCGAGGAGCCGAAGGCGGCCGCCGGAGCCAACACGCUGACCAUCACGCCCCGCAAACACUACAAGAUCAUCUUCAUCAAGGCCCCGUCUGCCAGCGCUGAAGCCGGUGCAUCAGCCCAGGCUGCCAGCAAAACCGAGGAGAAGACGAUCGUCUACGUGCUCGUCAACAAGCCUGCCCAGGCGAAGGCCGGUUCGGUUGCGGACGCCAGCUCGUUCUCUUCCGGCAAGCCGGAGGUGUACUUCGUCAAGUACCAGGGCAAGGACGCGCAAGCCGCUGCCGGCGCUGAUGCCAGUGCCUUCAGUGGUGCCUCCGCCGAUGCAUUCAGCGGUGCUACCGCUGGUGCCAACGCUUUCAGUUCCGCUGCUGGUGGUGCCGGAUUCGGCGCCAACUUUGACGGUUCCGCCGGUUCGUUUGCAGGUGCGUCCAGCGCUGCCAGUGCGGGUGCGUCCGGCAAUGACUACGAUUUCAACGCGCGUUCCGGCAGCGAGUCGGCCGCAUCUGCGGGCAGUGCUGCAGGUUUCAAUGCUGCAUCUGCCGGUGCGGGUGCCGCGUCCUCGUACGACGGGCUCGCUCUUGGUGCUGAUGCAGGCGCUGGCGCUGUUAACACUGUUGUCUACUAA